AUGGCCUCCGAUGCGACACCAGCAGCUGCAGUCGCGGUUGCGGCUGCGAAUGUCGUGAAGAAACCAAAGUUGCAUGGCCGCGCAUUUUAUGAGAGCCUCGGCUCGCCCAAGUAUAUUGUUGCGCCGAUGGUGGAUCAGUCUGAGUUUGCCUGGCGUAUGCUUUCCCGAUCCUUCCUUCCCGAGUCCGAGCAGUCAGGCUUGCUCGCAUACUCGCCCAUGUUCCACGCGCGCCUUUUCAGCGAGAGCCAAAAAUACCGAGACCAGCACUUCCAGCCAACAAAACCCGACUGCGAUAAACUCUACCUCGACGGCAACCCCGCUAUCGACCGUCCCUUUUUCGUACAAUUUUGUGCCAACGAUCCACAGGCGCUCCUCAACGCGGCGAAGAUAGCCGCUCCGUACUGCGAUGCGGUGGAUCUCAACCUAGGCUGCCCUCAGGGGAUCGCCAAGAAGGGCCACUACGGCUCGUUCUUGCAGGAGGACCAGGACUUGAUACACCAGCUGAUCAAGAUCCUCCACGAGAACCUCGACAUACCCGUUACGGCCAAGAUACGUAUCCUCGAGACAAAGGAGGCGACGCUCAAGUAUGCACAGAACGUCCUCAGACCCACCGCGAGCAUCUUGACGUGUCUCGCCGCGACCGGAGCGGACGGCAUCAUGAGUGCCGAAGGCAACCUCAGUAACCCGGGCUUCUUCGCCGCUCCGCCGCCAGCAGGGCAGGAACCGCGCGGUUACUGGCGCGGGAAGGACGGCAAGGGCGGGUGGCGCGUUGACGAAGUCUUCCGUCGCUACCUGGACAUCAUGCACAAAGGCCAUCCCGCUGCCGGACCAAGACGGCCCCAAAAAACGGCGCGGCGACAUCACCAAGGACAACGCGGCGUUGAUCGCGGCCCAACUUGUCGGCAUGCAGCCGCACCUGUCCACCAGCUGCGGCACCUCGUCUCUCGCCACCACGACGUGCGCGCCGCGCUCGCCCGCGCCCGCCUCGGCGAGGUGGCCCACCACGAGGCCCUCUGCCGCAUGGUGGAGAAGAAGGUCGCCGAGGGCCUGCUCGAGUACGAGGCGUCCGGCGGCGCGAGCGUCGAGGCGGAUAUGCCGACCACGACGCCCGAGCAGGAGGCCGAUCCGGAGAGCUCGGCCCGCGCGAUACGCGAGUGUAAGCGGCCGUGGUGGGUGGUGCAGCCGAUCAUUCGGCCGCUGCCCAAGGAGGCGAUGGCCAAGGGCGCGAUACAGUUGAGCAAGAAGGAGCGGAAGCGGGUGGCGGCGGAGAUGGAGGGGAAGGAGGAAAAGGAGGCGAAGAAGAGUAAAGAGGGGCUUGGAGGUAAGGAGGCUGCCGUGACGGGCUCGCUGGAGAAAACGACCAGCUAUCCGUCUAGUGAGCUGGUCAGCGGCUGA